AUGGAUGACCAUUUCUCCCAACAUGCCCUGCAGUAUGGCCACCUAGGGACGGCGUUCUACCUCCCAGACACGCAAGUUUGGGAGUUUACACGUCUUUGUAAGAAAAGACCCCGUUUCGCUCUCUUAGAAGGCACAUCGGUUACUGGACUCAAUACUUUUCGAUCAAGCUGUGACUUUUUGCGUCAUGUGCCUGCAGCCUCUACAAAGGAACGUGCUAUCUUAAAAGCGUAUCCAGAGCUCGCUCCAGGUUUAGACCUCGUACACCUCCAUGAUAAAGCUUCUCAAACUAUAACUGCGACGGUGACCGAUUUUGACCCGUCGGUCUCCACACGUUUGGCCCUUGGGAAAGCCGUGGAUGAGAUAAGAUCGAGUGAGCGAUCGGUGGCCAUAGUUGCAAUUGCCCAUAGCGACCCUCCUACAUCCAUCGCGCUCAUCCCGUUUGAGGCCCAGACUGAAGGGUUACCUGCACAGCUCGAACAGUCAAUUAUCCCAGCUCUAAAUUCAGAAACUGGAGCUUGGUGGAAGUGCGCCUCCGGCACUGUGAGACAAAUCUGCUCUGCAGAGCCUAUUGAUGAUGAAAACGUAUUUUUUGCUGCUAGAUUUUCGCAAAUCACGACAAUAUUUUACCCAGUUUGCCAACGACUUCCGUUGUCUUCGGCAUUCAAGGUCAAAGGCUUCACCUUAGAGACACGUUCAAGAUCUCGUAUUAAUAUAAAUCCAUUACUUGACAUUCCAGCUUCAUUGACUGGUGGACACCCCCAUGCCGAUGUCACCUUUAACCCAUGGUAUCAACGUCAACUGGCAAUUAUCGAUCGUUGUGGGAACUGGAGUGUUUGGGAUAUACAUGGGAAACAGCAACGCGGUGUGGAUUGGACCGCCGAUCGGGGACCAUGCGGAUCCAUAUCACAUGCAAUCCAAACAGUUGAUUCUGACGCUAUAGAUCCUGAUAACUUUGAUGGCUGGGCUGCCGUUUCUUGGAUCGGAAGUGUACACCAGAUUGUGGUCUGUGACCGUCGAAAUUUGCUUGUUUGUCGACUUGGCACUCAGCCUCCUGAACAGUAUCCUGUUGACAUCGAAUUCCACCGGGGUUCUGAUUGGAUUAUGGAUAUUUCCAGAAGUAAAUGCAAUCCGUCCCACCUUUUUGUUCUCACAACGACGAAGUUAUUUUGGUUGGAAAUUCCACCAGACGAAAUUUCUUUCAAUAAGGAUUCUAUACGCACAUUGCUUAGUUGGAGGCAUUUCCGGGACAUAGAAGAUACUAGUCUCCGCAUAACCCAAAUACUUGCUCAAAAUGAGCUUCUGAUCGUCGUAUAUUCACGAGCCAACAACCUCGCCCAAGUUUUUCAAUUUUCGUUCUCAGAAAACUCAGUGAUUCCGGCUUCUACCUUUGACCCAUUCAUACUUCCUAUUCCUUUGGCCCCCACUACGCUUUCUGGAGUUGAAAAUGGAGAGGAUCCUCGAUUCUUGUCCAUGCUAUUCAAAGAAAUUGAAACUCUCUCUGACUUCAAUGAGGAAAAUGGCCAGCGCGUGGCCUUUGUCAAAUUCAUCGGGCAAUGCCCGAAUCUAGAGAUAGUUGAAGGUGUAUAUUCAGCUUCAUUUGAGUAUGACUCUCCACAAGCUGGAUUUUCCCGUUCCUUUCCGAUUGUGGUGAAGAAAAGACGCUUUGAUAAAAUUACGAGUCUGCCUUACGUCGACGAUUUCGACUUUGUGGUCAAUGACAUGGAUGAAAUGCCAAUUGAUCAAAAUACUUAUAUUCGAGGUUCUUCUUCAAAAACCCAUCCUCCUCCGCAGUCACAGAGAAUUGAAAAUUGGGAGCAUAUUUACUCUAAAAUCGUUUCAGAUUGGAAUCGAGAAUUUUUACAACAUAACCCGGGGAGUAGCGUGCUACAUGGAUUUGAUGACUGGGCUAUUGAUGCUUUCCAGCGCCUCCAAGACGAAAAAGUAGACGAGCCGACCCCGAUGAUAGUUCAGACACUGCUUGAACGUCUUAGUUCUUCACCCUCUCUGGAUGCUAUUGAUAGUAAUGCACAAAGUUUCAAACUAUUUCUGCAACGAAUUGCAGGAGAAGGAUCGAACUCUCUCCAACAAUUUCGACUUUGGGGGCUGCCUUUACCGGUUUCGCACAGUUCACAACUGAAUACUCCUAUACCUACUCAACUAGUUGAAACAUCUCUUACCGCUUUGUACGACUCGCUUGUUUUCGAUUGGCUAUCACCAUUAUCCGACCGGGUUCCAAAUAUUGUCCGGGCGUAUAAAGAAAGGAUCAUCCGUUCCAUUGCCGCGGAUGUGACGUUUUCAAGACUUUGCCUUGUUCCAAAAGGUGAAGUUCCUAAAAAUAUAGAGCCCAACGAAGAUGAUGGUCCUUCUAUGAAAGUGGCUGGCAGCUUGUUUCCAUCUAGUAGCACUGAGUCAUUGUGGAACGCAGCCCCAUCAUCAAGCCAGGAUAAGUUGCCCAACUCCAACACAUCAUACGAGUCGAGUGAUCCUUAUUCUUUUCUACGACGUUAUACGACUGUUAAUCCGCAGCCGACGCCUACGAAGCAUGUUCUAUCAACAAUCUCCCAUUGGACAACUGGUGCUGAUCCAUCGAAGUACCGGUGGACAGAAGCGAAAAGCGAAGAAUCUCGAUCGGAGAAUCUUUCAGGAAGCCAAAGACGUCGCAAACGUGAGGAGCGCAAGCGCCUUCAGCUGCAAAAGAGAGAAAAACAAUUAUCACUACCGCCGCUAACUCCCAAAAUGGUGGAGGACACAAGGUUAUGGGGAAGCCAGCCGGUGGGAACUGGUGGUCUUUCAUCCUCAAUAGAGAUCACGAUCCCAAGCAGUCAGGCCAGGGAGGAGGAAAUACCUCUCACUCAAACGGAAAGGGGUGCAUUUGGGAGUAGGGAUGCAAAUCGAAAAUUUGCAAUUAAAGAAAGAAAGAAGCGGCGAGCGGCUGGAUUUUAA